AUGGCCUCAGCUUAUGACGCCUUUUUUCCCGACCACCACUCUCACUCACCUCGCCAUGUUAUCCGCAACACGCUCAACCUCACUCCUCGCCCACGCCAAAUCACUCACUCCAUCCCUCAACCAAAUACGUGCGCCUCCCAUCACAGUAUCACAACAAAUACCUUAUACUUACGGUUCUUCAAGGUAGCCAGGGCAUCAGCUUCUCGAAUCCGCAUUCACAAACGGGCUGCGUCGACUAAACCUGAUGCUCUCCAACUCCAAUACACAGUCCAAGCACCAGGAACCAACAAGCAGGACCGCGCAGUCGUCAUUCUCCAUGGAUUCUUUGGCUCUAAGCGAAAUUGGGGGACCCUUUCAAAGACACUAAUGGAACGACUCCAACGACCCGUAUACGCCUUGGACCUCAGAAACCACGGCGAAUCACCGCACUCUGAGGUUAUGACAUACGAAGCCAUGGCAAACGACGUCUGGCGGUUCAUAAACGAGAAAAACCUCUCAGAGGUAUCACUUAUUGGCCACUCCAUGGGAGGGAAAGUAGCCAUGUCAGUCGCACUCCAAGCCGGAAACGAACAACCACCACAUACCCUAAACGACCUCAUCGUAGUCGACGUCUCCCCAGUCAAAGGACGAAUAUCCCACCAGUUCCGGACAUAUGUUGAUACCCUCAAGGAAAUCCAGGACCUCGGUCUCAAAACUCGCAAAGAAGCCGCGGACCAUCUUGCUCGAGUCGAACCAGAUCCGGCAGUUCGAGCAUUCCUCCUUACCAACCUCCUCCCAUUCGACAAAGAAGACCCUCGCGCCAAGUUUAUGGUCCCUCUCAACACAUUCAAAAACUCGAUAGAUGCUAUUGGAGACUUCCCUUAUACCCCCGGCGACCGUGAUUGGAGUGGAAGGACAUUAUUCGUUAAGGGAUCGCGCAGCCAGUGA